AAAAUAAACGCCUUGUCAAACUGUUGCUAUGGCAACCGCACCAUGGCUGUUGUAUUGUCCGGGUUCGGUGUCAGGAUUCAGAGGCUGUGACCAGUAAAGUGUUUAAUGUUCAUUUACUACCAGACCUUGUCCAGAGACACACUCAGAAGUGCAGUGUAGAGUUUAUGUAGAGUUGUACAGAGUUGUUGUUGAUGCAUUGACUGUAAACUGACCUUUAUUCCGGCUCUGUGUGGAGAAAAUGAGGGAGGUGUUGAUGGAGAACAUCAGAGUAUUUGAACAUCAGACGGAUCCGAAGUGCUAUCAGUCUUUAAAUCUGGAAAAUGGACACACAUCUUCAUUAUCAUCAUUGUCAUCCUCCUCCCCCUGUCUGUCCUCAGUGUGUGGUGAUCAGGAUGGCGUGGUGAUGCAGAGGUGUGCUGUCCAGUUACACAGUCUCAGUGGUUGUGUGUGUGUGUGUGUGUUCAGAAGUCUGAGAGCGUGUGUGCUGUGUGAUAACUUCAUCAUCGACAUCGAACCGCUGCGGCAGUGUGUGAACUUACUGAAGCUGGACCUCAAAGGCAACAAGAUCACUCAGCUACCUGACGCUUCAUUCUGGAAGAAUCUAAAGGAUUUACAGCUGCUGUUUCUCCAUGAUAACGAUAUUUCUGUGAUGAGUGAUGUCUCAGGUCUGAGUGCUUCUCCAUCUCUGAGCGCUUUAACGCUGUAUGAAACACCACUCAGUCGGAGGAGGAACUACAGACACUACGUCAUUAACAGCGUCUUCAGCCUGAAGGCCCUGGACCAUCAUGUGAUUUCGGAUGAAGAGAUCAUUGAAAACUGGCAACUUCCUCUCAGAUUUAAAGCCAUGAGGCCAAAUUUAUCGAUUAGUCUGUAUCCAUCAGCAAACACAGAUUCAGGUGAGGUGAAAACACUGCAGGGAAUAAUUUCAGAAAUAAACAGAGUUCAGGCUGCAUUUUCUCCAACACUCAUCAUCCAGAAGUGGAUUAGGGGCCAUCUGACCAGGAGACGUCUGGGAUUGUGUGGCGCGCCAGUUCCUCUGAAAACGUUAGUGAGGAAUGAGACUCCAGUGGGUUCUGUGAGGGAGAUGAGAAGAUUGAGGAUUAUCAGCAAUCCUCGCAUUCUGGAUAUGAUGAGCUUUAGAUCCUUCCACAACAGGACACUGAUGGACCUCAAACCACCUUGUAACACUCCUCACCUGAGUAACCAUGGAGACAAACUCAGUGAAUAUCAUUAUAGAAUACCACAAAAACAAUCACAAUAUUCUGAUUAUGAACAAUACAAGUUGUUUCUGGCGCAUGGCAUGCAGCAUCAAAGAAACGAAUAAAUAUGUACCGUAACUGCGAUGCGUCUCUCAUUAUUGGUCAUCCGGGAUGGCAUCAUCCAUUUCCACACACAAAACUCCCCCCCCCCCACUGUCCCACAGCCACGCCCACCUAACAUCACUGCAGAGAAGCACCUCAUUGGCUGAUGCCAUGACCACCUGAGCCUUGCCAUGUUCCGGGCAAUAGAAAGGGUAUAUGAGGAGAAAGAGAAAGAGGAGAGACUGAGGGAGUGAGCCAAGCGAGUGAUGGAGGUGCAGAAUCAUCGUGAUAAAGCCCGAGGUCGCUGUGAAGGAUUCAUGGAGGCUCAAAAGACAAGGAUGUUACUGAAGCAGGAGCAAGAGCGAAACAAACUGGAGGAAACACUCAAACUGCAGAGAAUUAAACGGGAGCAGGAGGUGCAGCUUGUCCGUCAGAAGUACCGCAGAUUCCUUGUGGAGAAGCAGAGGAACAUGAUGGCGCAGGAGACAGUGAAAUGCUUCAGCCGACAGCAUGGUGCUUUGACUAAAGCCUUUAGUAAACACUACAAAGAGCACAGACUCAGCGAGACUCAGCGUGAGAGGAUACGACACAUCGCUAUCGACACACAGCAUGCUGGCACGCAGACAGUGCAGGGACACCUGACAAACAGGAAGCAGAGUAAACCAACAAUGUCUUGGAUAUCCAUAAACUCUCAACUGUUUCAGAAAUAGCAGCUGUCAGAGAAGAUGAAAUCAGGUGAAAUCCAGCCGAUACGAGGUUUAUGUCCAAUAGACAGACAUGCUGGUCACAAAGUAAAUAAAAUAAAAUCUGUGCAAACUAGCAUAACAGCUGUUUAACUACACAACCCAAUUAAAAUAUCUGUAUAAAUAUUCAUUCAUAAUAUUAAUAAAGUGAAUUUUGGUUUUGGACACAAA